UGCGUGCUGAGGUCAGGCUGGGCUGCGCUGCCAGCGCGGAGCAGCGGGGCUGAGGUCGCGGCGGACCCGGAGCCGCGGGGGCGGGCGCGGAGCUACGGCGAGCGCCUGGCUCAGGCCGGGAGCGGCUCCCUGUCGCCGGGAAUCCGGGGGGCUCAGUGAAGCCCUUCCAGCCGCGGGCAGCGGGACAGCGCCCGGUGCGCGGAGCGGGGCGCCCGGCCCGCCCCGCCGCUCCUCCAUGCGGGCGGCCAGCGGCGCUGGGGCGCGGGGCGCCGGGGGCAGCGCGCAGCGGCGCUGAGGCCGCGGCCGGGGGAGACGAUGGCCAAAUGGCUGAACAAGUACUUCAGCCUGGGCAAUAGCAAGACCAAGAGCCCUCCGCAGCCCCCGCAGCCCGACUACCGGGAGAAGCGCAACGGUGCCGGCGGCGCGCCCCGCCCCGAGGGGCCGCCGCACCUCCACCUCCACCACCACACCUCGCCUGGCUUUUCGCGCCGCCGCCUACGCGACGACACCAGCGACCUGCUCCGCGCCUACCUCGCCCAGAAGGACCUCGACUUCGAGGACCCCUACAGCGGGCCCGGCUCGUCCCUGCGCAAGCUGCGCGCCAUGUGCCGUCCGGACUACUCGGCGCCCGAGGACCUGGGCGAGGCGGCCCUCAAGGCUUCCUCCUCCUCCUCCUCCUCGUCGUGCUGCGCCACGCCUCCUACCACCGGCUCCCCGCAUCUCUUCCGCAGCCACAGCGAGCGCCGCCCGGCGACACCGCCCGACGUGAAGUACAUCUCCCCCAAGCACCGGCUCAUCAAGGUGGAGAGCGGCGGCGGCGGCAGCGACGGCGCGGGCAAGAAGCUCCACAAGGGCUCCAAGCAGCCGGCGACUGCUGCUCCCUCUGCCGUGAAAGAUAAGGUAUUGAUAGCUGAUGACUACUCAGAUCCGUUUGAUGCCAAAAGUGAGUUGAACAGAAUGGGAAAAGGGGAGAACACUGGCUACAUGGAACCAUAUGAAGCCCAGAGAAUAAUGGCUGAGUUUCAACAGCAGGAAGGCAUGAAGUCCCAUCAGAAAAACAUGCAGCUCUAUGACACACCCUAUGAACCAGAAGGCAGUGGUGUGGAAUCUGAUUCCGAAAGUGUGGUGAGUCACCGCUUACGAGAAAGCAAAUUGCCACAGGAUGACGACAGGCCUGCAGAUGAGUAUGAUCAGCCGUGGGAGUGGAACAAAGUCACCAUCCCAGCUUUGGCAGCCCAAUUUAAUGGAAGUGGGAAACGGCAAGCAUCUCCUUCUCCCUCAAAUGACCAGCACAGGCAAUUAAGAGCACCUGGAGGAGGCUUUAAACCCAUGAAACAUGGCAGUCCAGAAUUUUGUGGGAUCCUGGGAGAGAGAAUAGAUCCAGCUAUUCAACUGGAAAAGCAGAUAUGGUAUCAUGGAGCAAUCAGUCGGACAGAUGCAGAAAACCUGUUACGUUUAUGUAAAGAGUGUAGCUACCUUGUAAGAAACAGUCAAACGAGCAAGCAUGACUAUUCUCUUUCACUGAAGAGCAGUCAAGGUUUUAUGCAUAUGAAAUUGAUGAAAACCAAAGAGAAAUACAUCCUGGGCCAGAACAGCCCUCCCUUUGACAGUGUUCCUGAAGUCAUCCACUACUACACCACAAAAAAGCUGCCUAUCAAAGGAGCAGAACACUUGUCCUUGCUCUACCCUGUGGCUGUGCGGACACUCUGAUAGCCUAAUCUCACCCCUUCCUGUGGAUGGGAGGUGAGAGGCCUUUUCUUGACCUAAGAUGAUUUAAACAUUGUGAACACAAGAAGCUUUACUGUCUUCUAUGUUCAAAACUCUGAGCCAGCCAAGAAGUGUCAUGGCCAGCAUGGAACCAGGACAGCUUCAGGAGGAAAAGCAAAAGUGGUGAAAACUGGAUUUUCUACUAACUAACCAUCUCACAUAACCAUGUUCUAAAAGUACUUAUUGCUUAUGAUUAGAAUUAUGCUUUCAAUAGACCUCAGCUUAUGUUUCACAUUCCUAACUAAAAGUUUUUUCAAAAAUCACUUGAGCACUCAGACAUUAGCACUGUAGACCUGGCCAUGAACUCUGUCUUUCAUCAUUCUGGGGAAGAAAAGGACAAAGGGGAGAGUCAGUUUGCAGCGACAAACACAUGGCAAUGUUCAGGUGGGGAUGAUUUUUUUAUCCAACUUAGCAUGAGAAUUCUGUGACUUGGGCUGUAUCUUCGCUACAGUCUGCCAUAAUGAGUGAAGAUUAAGAGUUCUGGGCAUAAAAAGUCAAACUGCAAAAGUCAAAUGGCUUCAGGACUGAAGGCAAAGACAUACAAUCUGCAUAGUGAAGCAUAGCACUGUCCAAGAUCUACUCAGGAAAGCUGAGUAGAUCAUUAGUGGAUCAUUAGCUCUGAACAACAAUCUUCUGCUGAGGGUCACUACAGUGGCUCAUUCCAUAUUCCUGAUUAUGCCUGGAAUGUACCUAGACACACAGCUCUAGAACAGAAUUGAAAACAGAAUCAGGAAUGUGAACAUAAUGAAUUAGAGAUCCUUGACAUUUACCACUUCAGUUUUUAAUCUAAAUUUUUACCUGCUGUUAUCACUUGUUUCUUGGAUGCCUGGUCAGACUCCAGAAGGUUGUUGUGCUUUCUCAAAGUAAAAAAAAAAAAAUAAUUCUUGCCUUACUGAUAUAAUAUAAUAGGACUGAAUAAUAUAGUGGAAAACCUAUCUAUGGAACAAGAAAAUAUAGAAGGUGAAAGUUAGUAUAGCAACAAAACCUUGUGAAUAUCUGACAAAGCCCAAGUAACUGUUGUUCUUCCUGAAAUAAUAAAAAAAAAAAACCAGGAAACAAGUUCAAAGAGAGUGAGUUUCCCUGGCAACAAAAACAUGUGAAAAUUCUUAGUUCAGCUCCUGCAUUCCUAUUCUCAAGUUUCCAUUCAUUUCAUGGUAUUUAAUGCUCCAGCUUUCCUUGGAAAGCAAAAAACCUGGCACGACCUUCACACAAACAGUUGAGUCAGUCAACAGUUGUGUGAGCCAUUUACUGUCUUCGUGCCAUGGAGAAGCAUGAGAGCCAACUGGACAGCUCGAGGUACUGCUUGUAGUGGUGGUGGUGGUGCUGCCUAUCGAUCUCUGCCUUUACCACGGGCAUGAAUCUGACUUUAGAUGAGGCAGUUGGAAUAACUAUGUUACAGAAAAGUACAAGCGAAACUCCAGUCUAGGGUGGUACCAAAGGAGCAGCUUUCCUGCCUGGUACACCUUGUUUGUGGAGAAAUUUUCUUAUUGCCUCUUGAACCCUUUGUUAUAGCAGUCUGAGUAACCAACCGAGAGAGCAAACUUUCCAGCAGAAAUAUGCGCUACAAACUUUCCUGGAUCACAAAAGCUUUGGGGUAAUUCAGGGAAUGUAUUUGCAGAGCCAGGAAACCAGGUCCCGGGCAUUCCCACUUAUAAAUGAGAGUUCUCAGUUUCUACAGAACUCAACUCAAACUGCAGUGUUUAACUCCCAAUCUAGCAUCUCCUACUUAAAAUGAUGGAGACCCCUCCUUCCUCCCCAAUUCUCAGGAGAAAAAAAUGGGAUAUGGUAAUGGCCAGGAUUUUUAAAAUCUGGAUAUCAGUGUAUGUGUGGGUUAUGAUUUCAUUUUUAUUGCAAUUGAUUAAGUAAGAGAGAAGAUACUGUUUUCCACAACAGGUGAGGAAUGGAAGACCUGUAAUACCACAGAAUUUGUGCUACAGGGAUAAAUUAUGAACAGAAGUUCCAAGCGAGGCCCCUUGAGCUCCCCUGGGCUUCAGUGGCUGCACAAGUACCUCCCUCUCCUUGAGUGGGGGCUGGUGCCCCCACUCCUCGAGGCUCAACCCUUUGCCUGUUGAGAGAUGCAAAGGCAUUAGGUGUGAAUUUUAAAAGGUACUUUUGUACAUAUAUGUGCAUAUUUACAUCUCUGUGUCCCUGUGUGUAUGUGUGAAUUAAUUCAAAUACCCUUUAUCAAGUAUAGUAUGGAUGUUGCCAUCUAUUAUUAAGUUACUGUUGUAAUUGUAGUAAAUCCAAUUGCAUCGCUUUCUAAAUGCAUCAAUGAUCAAAUCCUUUAGACAUAAACCACUGAGCCAGUCUGGGACUAAGAUUGUGUUCAAGUUCACCUAGGCUCCAUCUGGAGUUUAGAAAGCAAGAGGGUCCUCCUUGAAUGUCUGGACUCAACAUGAAGGUCUCCCUUACCAUUUUGCAUCCUUACCUUUUUGCAUCCUUGGUCUCUGUGUAAAUCAUUCUAACCUCCUUCUGAUCUGAUUGUCCUAAGUAUGCUUCAUAAUACAAUUGCCCUAUGUAUGCUUCAUCUAUGUAGUAAGAGAAAACCUUGCUGCCAAACUUUGUUGAGUUGUGCUUUCACAAAUUUAUGUUAAAUGUGCUUUUGCUGAAAUCUUUGAUGUGAUUCUUUAAAUGACCUAAAUCACUAACUGGUGACAUCACUAAAGAAAUCAGUUUAUAAAUUCAAAAUGGAGACUUAGCUGUUUCUUCAUGCCACUCAUAGACCUCCGGAGUUUCAUGGAUGCUAAAAUAUGAAAUUAGACAGAAAAAUUCAGCGAAGGAAAAAAGCAGUUAGAAUAUUCAAAGACACAACAUGAGGGUCAGAAAUCUCAACUCACACAUGGUUGAAACAAACCUGGUCUUGGGCAACUCCUAAUACAUCCUGUAUUACUCAGUGCUACACUCAGGGUUCUGGACAGAAUCACAGUUCUUCUGAAAGAAGACAAAAAGAGCCUGGUUGUUUCACUCAGUUAAGAGAAGGCUUGAAGGCAUUUAAUUACUUCCUGUAAAAACAUCAGAUUACAAAGUGCUGUGUUGGGUGAGCAACUCUUUGAGCUAAAACACAAGGCAUAGGAACAAAGGAGUACAGCCUGGCUAUCAGUAAGUUUAGGGUAGAAAUUAAGGAACAUUCCUAACCACUGGAGCAGGGAGGUUCUAGCAGUGCCUGUCUACAGGUUUCAUAGGCUGCCAGUCUGGCUUUAGAGAGAAGCACAGCUGAAUUUUUCGGAGGGCUGUUUGAUGAGGUGCCUGAAGCAGAAGGAAUGAGGCCUCCUAAGCCAGGAACCACUGCCAGUCUGGAUUCUUUAUCUCAAAGUUUAUCAGCAAAGGCAUCUCUUGACCCAAAAACAUUUGCUUGGCACUCCAAUACACAGUAAUUCCUAUAUUCAGAACGCAUUACUUACAGUGGAGGUGAAACACAACUUCCUUGUUAUAAUUUGAACACGUGAAAUGAUACGUUUAUUUUCCAUGAGUUAUUAACUGGAAAUGAUAAAUAGAAGAGAUUUUCACACGCAGUUUGUCCUAGGUCAUAUUAUUGAUAGCAGCCUGAAACGCAGACCUCUGACCUCUUUUACUGCCCGGAGUCUGUGAUCAGCUGUGAGGCAAUGAUGGGAGCUGACAUCGCUAGAUGUCAAGCAGUGAAUAUAUUUUCCACCACAGAGACAUGCUUAUCCUGGUGUUCUUUCACAAAUCUUCAGUCAGAGUAGCUAAAGUAGCUACCACAUCAGCCCUUUGGUUAUAAGACCUACAUUUCUUCAGCAUUAUGAAUAGAGCAGUGUUUGUUAUGCCAGGUGAGUACAGCACAACUCAGAAUUAAAAAAACAAAUGAUGCCAAUCUGUGUGUAGCAGAAGUCUACCUCUCUUCUCUGCAGUAAUGUAAGCACCACAAGGUGCUUACUUUCGUGGUGCAUGUUUCUCAUCAUGUCCUAAAAGAGAGCUUUCCACAGAAUCUUUGCCUUUAGAAACAUUUUCUCACAGGUAAUGCCUGAGGACUGCAGGAAGGGAUGUGAUGGCAAUAUGAGUCUGAGAGGAAGACAGUGAAGACAGUGUCCUUAUAGUACCCGUAGCAGAUGGCCCCGUCCAGGAAUUGUGCUUAGGAUCAGGGAGGCACAAGAUCCUGGGUCCCCAGGCUGUGUCAUCUACACUAGCUGAAGGUCUGGUCUUGGAGAAACAGUGGUUUACAAAUGCUUGGAGAAGCUCGAAGUUUCUUUCCCUCAGUCUGGCUGCUUGUGGCCUCAACACUUUCACUUCCUCAGGAAUUGUGCUUUUUCUGCCAACCCUGGCUGAGUAAUCAGAGUUAUCUCAUGAUCCCAAAAGACAGAAGGGGAAAUGUUAAUUUUCUGCUUACAAGCCAGCUCUCCUUAACUUGCUUUUCCUAACAGACCUGCAAUGCAUAAUAAGAAACUCACUGGCUGAGGAAACUCACACUGGAAAUCUCCUUCCUCAUGCUCCUGAAAGGGUUUGCAUGAACUUUAUGCAGGCAGGCUAGCAGAGCAGAUGAAGGUAGAUUUUUAUUCAAGAAGGUUCAAAAUUAAUCUCACACCUAGUGACAAUUACCAGACACUUCCAUUCCAAGCAGGAGUAAUGCAACUAGAAUGUGCAGAGCAAGGGCUGACACUGAAGAAUCUCUCACAUUUUUUCCACUUUAAUUUUUGGGCAGUCCUUAAGGAGUCACAGUUUCUCCCACCAUCUGGAAUGACUAAAAAAAAAAAAAUUAAAUAAUUUUCAAAAUCAAAUAACAGCCAUAAUCCUUAAGUGGUCCUUGCAGAUCUAUGCUGGCUCCCAUGGCAUUAACUGGUAAACACCCUCCUGACUAGAGAUCAGGUUGCAUAAGCAAUCCCACUCUUCACAUACAAGAACAGGAACUCUUAUUCCACAUAGAAAUAUCCAAUUGCAAUUGUAGAAUUGACUGUACUGUUUGAAUAUUUCAAGAUAGAACCACUGUACUAAAAAAAUUAAUAAAUUGAAGUGCCAAUUUUAAUUUUCUAGGCAAAAAAUUGAAAUAGGAAGCUUCUACCACUCAAUAGCAUCAUCUGAGACCAGCACAUUACCUUAUUGAGGACUGUCUGUGUGCGAGAGUGAGGGUUUUGAUACUAAAAGCAGUGGUAUUUUCAUUCAGAAGAUGAAAUACAAAAGUUCUGACUUCUUACUGCUUCAAGUUGUCUACAGUAGCAGUAUUUGACUGAUCUUGUUGACUGUAACAAAAAGCUUUUGUAAAAGUAAUAGAAAAAAUAUAUUGUUAUUAAAGAUAGUGGGGAAAAAAACCAGCUGGUAUGUACAUAGCUUUUAAUAGUCAGUGCUCUAGAAGGAGAAACAAAGACUUAAUACUCUUAAGAGAAUCUUCUAUUUUUCUAGAAGGAAUGUGCUAAAGCGACAAUCAUUUGAGGAAAGCUGGAGUACAGUUGUGUGACCCAGAGUGUUGUUUUACACUUCGCACGGUCGAAUCAAAACAGAGCAAUAUUGCAAAACUGACUUGUCUUAUCCUUUUCAAUGGUAUUCACAUUAAAAUAUGAACAGCACUGCACGUUUUGUGCUGGAGUAUGGGUGGUUUAAGCAACGUGUAUCUCUCAUUCCUCAGUGACUCAUACUAUUUCCUGUUUUCUGUAAACGAUUGUACAGCUUGCAGGUCUGUCCUAAGUAUGAAUAUUAAAAAUCAUGGAUAUUGUGCCA